AUGGCAGGACGGCUAACGACCACCUCAAGCACUAUCAUGGAGGACCGUGAGGCUCUCAAGCGGGAGGCCGCGAGGGAGCGUCAGAAAAUGGGAGCCAAGUCGGGCGUUCUGCCCGGCAACGGCACUCAGAACCGUCCGACCCGAAACUCUGUGCUACUACCUCAUUCAACGCUGAACCCCGGCCUCUUCGCAGCGCCUGUGAAGGUGGAGCAGGAAGAUGCGACUUCGGUCAUGGUGAAGAACGUUCUCGGCGAUUAUCAGAACCUGUCGAAGAUCUACCAAGGAUCGCCCCACGGUCCGCUACCGCACGGUCCGACUCCGCAUUUCUCGCCAGCCCAGCCUGCGCAGCAUCCGCCUCAAGCCCCGCAGCCAGCCCGAAGGCCCCAACAGGCCGGAGUUGGGGCAACCCAACCCCCGACAGAUAACCGUCCUGCACAGAGGCAGUCGAACGGUGUGGCAUCGCCACUCAGGGGGCUUCACUCUCAACAAAAUCCCAAACAGGUUGCUAUUAGUCAGGCUCCUAACUACUCGAAACCUCCCGUGAUGACGGCAGCGGCCCGGAAGAGUCACAUCGCGUUUGACCCGGCUGCCUCCACGAAACCAGUGAGCCAGGAUCUUCCCGCCAAGAAGGGCACGGUGCCUCCUUUCAAGAGUGUUGCGCCCAAACCCGCCAGCAAUAAUAACAACACCAUUAAUAAUAAUGACGGAAAUGACGCGCUAGCGUCGACGACUGACCUCAGCCGUAUCGAGGAAGUAUUGAAAGAGAUGAAAGUUCCGCCACUUCUUCCGAACUUCGAUGAGAUCGACAGACGCGAGCCGAAACGCAAGGACGGCCGAGAAGACAAGCUGCGGAACUUGUCGACGACAUCGGCUCCGGUGGCAGCGACAGCCAACGACAUGCCCACCUUCUCCAACACGCUGGGCAUCGGAGGUCUGCCGGUCAUGCCGAUCGAGCCACCUCCGGUCGCAUUGAGCCCUAUGAGCAGUCCUCAGAGGGACGUGACCACAACGGCAACGAUACUCAACGCGCCUCUAACGACGACGACAACAACUUCAAGUAUGACCGCAUCCUCAAAUCCAAACCAAAGGUUACACAGUCAGCCACUCGCGAUGACUUCGCAGCAGCAGCAGCACCAGGCGGUCCCAAUGAACGCACCAGUUGUAACGACGGCUCCCGCAAUUGUGAACAAGAAACCUCUGGAUACUUCAGUGCCGAACAACCAGCCAUCUUGUCUGUCUUCGGACAGCUCUGAGAGCGAUGAGGACGACGACCACGAGAGCGCCUCGCAGGAGGACAGUCAGGACUCAGACGUUGAGCAAAAAUCGAUGCGCAUGAACGCAACCUUCGACAAAUCUUUCGCUACAGCCGAGAAGUUCCCCGAUAAGAGCAAUCAUUUCGGAGAUAGCGGAGUACCAAGCCUGUUCCCACAGCAGAGAGUGCCUCAACUGCAGGUUCAGCCUCCGAACUCCGCCGAAGGCCAAUCCAUUGAAUCGCCUUUGUCCGCUUCGGACGACACGAACGCCGAAGAGAGCAAGGCUUCGUGGAGCUUGGCCGCUUUCAUGCCAGGAGCAACUCCCAAUUCUGUCGCGAGCAGCGUCAAGUCUCCGAUGAAGAGCUCACCCCGGAGGAGUCCGACGCCUUCGUGCGAUGCAACGCCGAGCAAGACGGCCCGCGAUACCCGCAGUGAACAUCGCAGGAAGCGAGGCCUCAGUGGCUCGGAUCACGGGAAGGAGUCGUCUACGGAGCCGUCGUCGUCGGCGGAAAAGCGGCGCGCCGCGCCCGUGGGUCGGCAUACGAGGAGUUCGGCCACCCCGGACUCCGAGGGCCCCUCUGUGGCGAAGGCCUCGGCCGUGCGCAAACUCAACGCCUCUCGGGUAUCCCCGAUGCCACAGAAUCAGCACGAAGCAAGCAAUGGUGUCUCCGUCGAGGAAAGUCAGCAGAAACGACGGAAAACCGCAGACGACGCGUCGUCGUUGAUGGUCAGAAUUCCUCUGAGUCUUUUGAAACGAAGACCGCUCCAAGGGUCCAAAUGUGAUAAUAGUUCCAAUCAGGUAAGCGCGAACAAUUCCGCUGCCCAUUUCGACGUCAAGCCGAGCCGUUCCGAGUCGACCGCACCAACGAAGCUCAGCGUCGAGGAGUCCAAAGACGCGCAAGCCAACAAGAACGGCGAGGAGCGACGGUGCGAUUCCCCGAUGAGCAUAGAAAGCAUCAGUAGUAGCAGUAGUUCGAGAAAGAGGCACCAGAGUCCCGAAGAGAAGGCUAAGAAACUCAAAGAAGAACCACAAGCGUCACGGAAGAGAAUCAGUGAGAAACGCGAUCGGGGCAAGGCUGACAUCGAUGCGACGGCACGACGAGAGAAGGAAUCGACUAGUGCACGAAAGGAAGAGAAGCGGCGAACUGCGCCCGAGGAAAAACGAAGUCGGGAGGAACGAAAACCGCUCGCAGGACCCUCGACAGCGUCCGCAGGGACGGGCGACGCCGUCAGCCGGACGACGAAGGAAGAUCGUCGGGAAGUCAAGCAAGAACUCAAGGACGAGACCCCGAGGCACGAACGGGAGGCCUACGCUCUGUACAAGCACCACCUUGCCACUAAUCGUUUCGAUUGGGGCAUGACGCUCUCUGAUGCCGCCGAGCGGAUGGCGCGAGAAGCGAAGCGGGUCAAGUACGAUACCUUCAUCGAGGAAGCGAAAGCUCUCAAACACGGAGGAGACUCGGAGUCGACGAACGCCACGAAAGCCAAGAAAUAUCUUCGGUCCGCGGCUUGCUUCCUCCUAGGUGGCGACUCCAUGGAGCUAGCUCGUCCCGAAUCUUCAGCUGCGGUGAAGAUGUUCCAAGACACUCUGGGGCUGGUGAAGCACACUUUCAACCAAGGAUUGCAGAAGGCACCUCCGGGUGGCUCUCAGGAGUGCCGGUUAGCGAUUCUAUGCCUGAAAGUGCAAGCUUUCCUUUGCUAUCGGAUCUACCACGUCUACAAUCGAGACAAGGAAUCGAGGGAUCGUCUAUUGAGCAGUCAACAGGAGUUUCUCCGUAUCCCGGUCACUGGAAAACACAACAGCAACGAACAGUCAACCCCCAACGGAACGACGGUCUCUCCGGCUGGCUCGCAAAGCAGCGCCUCUUCGGGGGUGCCGAACAAUCGGGACAACGGUAUUCGUCAGGACGUGGCUUUGAUCUCGCAGCCGAAAACAAUCACACUCAACGCUGAUCUUGUAGCCAACGUUCACAAAUAUCAUCAGCGAAAUUCCUUCUUGAUUCGAGCAGCUGAUCUCUGGACCCAGGCCGAGAACCUGACCAACGAGUCCAACAACCAAGAAUUUUUCCAAGCUGUGGAGAGCGGGUCGGCCCACGCAUCAAUGUGGAUGCCAUCAACACUAUUCGUGAUGUAUGUCAGAGAAGCAAUUUAUCGGAUAGACAAGUUCAAUGGCGUAGCUUGA